UCCAAACCAUUCAUACCUCGGCCCAUACGGAGGAGGCUAUAAUGGGCACUCAGUAGAGAUAGGAGGAGCCGCGAAGGGAGCAGCAGUAAUGGGAGCAGCAGCGGGAGCAGCGGCAUUUGGAGCACCAACUAAUAAUUACCACAAGAGUGAACCACAAAACCCUCUACCACAACCACAAAAGUCACAAACAUAUCAGACUACUGGCUGCAACUGGUGCAUGAGGCAAAGUUGUAAUCCUGGAGCGUGCAAAGAAGCUAAGACCUUCAACCCAACGAAAGACGCUGAACGUAUCAGAAACGCCGUGGAGGGACUGGGAACUACGGAAUCAGAGUUGAUAGAUAUCCUGAUCCAUAGAUCGGAGGACCAGUUGGAGGAGAUAAGAAAAGCAUACCAAAAACUUGGCCAUGUAAUGGACAAGGACAUUGAUGAGGAUACUAAAUGGAAAAUCAAGGAUCUUUUUCAAGAUUUACUCAAAACUCGUCCAGAAUUCUACGCAGACAAGCUAAAAGAAGCGUUUGAAGAUAAGAAGUCAAGUGCUAUUCUGAUGAUUCUUACCUCAUUGCCACCUUGUGCCAUUCUAGAAAUCGGAUCAGCGUAUAAUAAGAGACAUGAUACUGACAUUUUCAAAGCUGCCAAAAACGCAGCAAUGAAUGAUUACGAAAAGUUCCUUAUUGAACUUAUCAAAGCGGACCGAGACCCUGAAGGUCCGGUAGAUAUAGAAAAAGCAAAGAAAGACGCUGAGCUACUACAGAGAAGUGAAUCCGAACAUAGGAUGAUUGCAGACGGAGAUGCCUUUAUUGAAGUGUUUACGAAGAGAUCUUAUGCUCAUAUUAGACAGGUCAAAACGGAGUAUGAACGUAUGGGCUUUGGUGAUUUUAAUAGUGAAAUGGCUAAGAAAUCAGGAGAUCCCAUGGUCAAAAAAGGCUUAACAAUAAUACUGAAUAACAUCGAGGACCAACAAAAAUACUUCGCGAACAUGAUACAAGACGCUAUUGAUUCAAUAAAUGUGUUUGAAUUAAAGGACAAUGAAAUGCUGGUUCUAAUAUUGAGGGGAAGAUGUGGCCUGGACUUGGGAGAUAUUCUGAAGACUUACGCGUCCCACCACGAGAAAAGUAUUAUAGAAAAACUCAAGCAAAGAUCCUGGGGAGACUACGAGGAUGCCCUUGUGCAGAUGUGUCAAGAGCAAAAAGUGUAAAAGUGAUAUAUUAGCUCAAUAAAGUAUUUGGAACGAACAGUAUUGUAUA